GCAACAUGUGCAACGGAAUUACGAGCUUUCCUAGACGCUGUCGAUCAACGGAUACUGUGGGGUUUAAAAACAUUGGAUUCUAGUGGCGAACUCAAAUCAGGUUUCCUUUAUGGAAAUAAUUUUUGGCUGGGCAGUCGUAGUCAAUGCCUCGAUAUAAUGAACAAGACUCCCAUCGAGUUCGCAAGACAAUACAUGUUAAAUAACACACGAUACCGCGAUCCGCAGGAUGAGUUUCCACCUUUCCAACUGAAUUAUUUCGUUGCUUACAUCAGACACAACAGUACUCUUCAGUAUCACAUCAAUAUGUUUGAUGAAGAUCUGAUUACGCUCGGCCUCUGUUUGCCCGCAUCCUGUUCCACGAAUAAUAUAAGUUUCAUUCUAGAAGGAAUAUUUCGAGAUAGAAUUCUUUUAAUCAAUGAUCUCUAUUUCGUGGACUUCAAUCUGAUCCAGAUAAAAAACUUAAAGGAUAAUCACCAAUGGUUGUUAAAUGGUGCAAUACCUUUCAUAUG